AUGGAGAGCAAGGAUUUGAAGUGGCCUGAGGGCAAUCCAAAGUCAGCUCACUUCCUCUCAUGCAAAUGUUUCACAAUUGCUGCCAUACUGAUUCUGCUCAUCAUUGGUGCUGGCGUGGGUUUCAUGACGGCAUACUUAGUACCAGAAGAACAUUAUUUCAUGGAGACUGUGGAAUUACAAGGGCUCAGUUAUGACCCAGACCUACAAGAUAAAACAUCAGGAUUCUCUCUAGUUUUGUCUGCAACUCUGAAAGCAAAGAUAAAGAAUGUCUUUAGCGCCUCUUCAGUUGCACAUCAUUUUACAGACUGCCAGAUUGUUGCUUAUGGGAACAUCAACGGGAAUGUGAUGACCACUUUUCGUUUGGUCUUUCGGAUCGCUCAUGCCCAGGCUUACACAGAGAACUUCAUUCAGGAUCUCAUCCGCUCUGGAUUGAAGGUCAUGUUGAAUGGAAAACCCAUCGAUGUUCCAGAACACGGAGAGAUCAGUAGCAUCAUCCUUCUUGGGGCAAGUGGAAAGUCAUUCUAUGAGAUCGGGAAUGACAUGAGUAAAUGUCCUGAGAACACAUUCACUUGUGGCAAUGGCGAGUGCAUCACAAAGCCAAACCCAGAGUGUGACUUUAUAUCCGACUGCGUAGAUGGUUCGGAUGAAGCCUUUUGCUCCUGCGGAACACGUCCAGCCAUGGGUAGCCGCAUUGUAGGAGGCGAGAAUACCCGUCAUGGUGAGCUACCCUGGCAGGUCAGUCUGAGACUACGUGGCCGCCAUACCUGCGGUGCCUCCGUCAUCAACAACCGCUGGCUCGUGAGCGCCGCUCAUUGUUUUGAAACAGAGAACAACCCCAAAGAUUGGACGGCUCUAAUAGGAGCCAAUCUGGUCAGUGGAGAGGAAGAAGAGGCCACCACGCAAAACAUCAAGUCCUUGACCGUCUCUCCAGACUAUGAUCCCAUGACGACGGACAGUGACGUGACUGUACUGGAGUUGGAAACACCCUUGAAGUUCAGCCCUUACAUUCAGCCAGUCUGUAUCCCAUCAUCCUCUCACAAUUUCAGUCCUGGACAGAACUGCAUCGUCUCUGGUUGGGGAGCUCUCAGUCAGUACACGAGUGAUGUGCCAUCAAAAUUACAAAAGGCAAUAGUGCAGAUCAUUGAUUCAAAAGUCUGCAACAAGUCAUCCGUUUACAGAGGGGCAGUCACACAAAACAUGAUGUGCGCUGGUUUUCUUCAAGGGAAGGUGGAUUCCUGUCAGGGAGACUCUGGGGGCCCUCUAGUAUGUGAGGUGGCCCCUGGGCGUUUUUUCCUAGCGGGUGUGGUGAGUUGGGGAGUGGGAUGCGCACAGAUUAACAAACCUGGAGUUUACUCCCGAGUCACCAAACUCCGCAACUGGAUCCUAAGCUACACUGAUUCCACAAUGGCUCAUGUCAACCCCACUUUUCCAAGUGUCACAACUACUGCAGUUCAACUUGUUAAAUCAGUGAAACCACCCUCUGACUUCGCCAGUAAUGAAUAUAUCCCUUCACCUGCAAACUGCAGUGGGAAUUAUAACUGUGGUGAAGGCGUGUGUAUAAGCAAGAUAAACCCAGAGUGUGACAGAGUUGUCGAUUGCUCCAAUGAGGCAGAUGAGAAAAACUGUGACUGCGGGCACCGUCCAGCCGUGGGCCAAGAGAGGAUCAUUGGGGGCAUCACUGCCAGAAGAGGUGAAUGGCCAUGGGUGGGAAGCCUGCAGUUCCAGCGGGUUCACCGCUGCGGAGCUACGCUAAUCCACAGCAAAUGGCUCCUAACUGCAGCUCACUGCUUCAGAGGUGAGUUGAACGCCGCUGGCUGGACAAUAAGUCUUGGCUCGGUCAUUUGGUCUGGAGUGGGUGCUCUGGCGAUUCCAGUGCAAAGGAUCAUCCCUCACUCUGCAUUCAAUAACAGCAACAUGGACUUUGACGUGGCACUGGUGGAGCUCUCCAUCCCAGCCCCCAAGUCCUACACCAUCCAGACUGUUUGCUUGCCUUCUCCCUUCCAUGCAUUCAUGAAAAGAAUGGAGUGCUACAUCAUGGGAUGGGGCGCAGUUAGGGAGGAUGGUAUGAUAACCAAUUUGCUGCAGAAAGCGCAGGUUAGCAUCAUUGAUCAGCUGGACUGCCAGCAAGCUUAUGGUGCUGAACUUACCGACAACAUGAUGUGUGCUGGCUCCAUGCAGGGGGAUAGGGACACAUGUAUGGGAGACUCAGGGGGACCUCUGGUGUGCCAUGAAACCCCGGGCCGGUGGUUCCUGGCUGGGGUGACCAGUUGGGGUCACGGCUGCGGUCGCAUCGGCUACCCCGGAGUUUACUUGCGGGUUACGGCUAUUAGAGAAUGGAUCUCUAUAUACCUCACUUUUUAA